UUCUUUCCUCCGCUCUCUCCUUUCCUUUGCUUAUUUCAUCUCCCUUCCCCAGCUCCUGUUUCAAUCCAUCAUACCCUUCGUUUGAUGUUCUUCGUCGAGGGUUUCUGAUUUCGAGUUGUGGGUCUCAGAUUUCGAACGGAAUAAGCAAAGGAAAAAAAAAUGGUUAUCUCCGAGGAGAUCAAUCGUAAUGUCGUUAUCAAACCCAUUACUGCUACUGCUACCGUUAGUCUUCAUCAAGAUGAGAGGGGAAGCAGGAGAUUCGGACAGGAGAAUCGACAGAACCGGAGAGCGUUGCGUGUGAUUAAUCAGAACCUGGUCGGAGCGAGAGGAUACCCUUGUGUUGUCAACAAGAGAGGCUUGUCUGAGAAGAACGAAGGGUGUGGAAUUAAGCUUGAUUCUUUGCGUCCCCCUGUUACAAGAUCACGAGCCGAAGAGAUGUGUCUUGAGGAGACGAAGAGACUGAAGCCAUCAGCUCCGACAAUGAACGAGUUCGGGGACUGUAUAUUCCUAGAUGAGGAGGAAAAGGCGGCGGUGGACCACCCGAUUCCAAUGUCCUUGGAGGAACCAGACACAAGCCUUGGUGAAUCUGACCCAAUUGAGGAAGUGGAAAUGGAGGAUAUGAGAGUUGAAGAACCGAUACUGGACAUCGACAGUUCUGAUGCAAAGAACUCACUUGCAGUCGUCGAGUAUGUCGAAGAUCUGUAUGCAUUCUACAGGAAAAUGGAGAGUUUUAGUUGUGCUCCAGCAGAUUAUAUAACGCAACAGUUUGACAUAAACGAGAAGAUGAGAGCCAUUCUGAUAGAUUGGCUCAUUGAGGUUCACGACAAGUUCGAUCUCAUGAACGAGAUGUUGUUUCUCACCGUGAAUCUGAUCGAUAGAUUCUUGUCCAAGCAAGCUGUUGCGAGAAAGAAGCUUCAGCUUGUAGGGUUAGUCGCAAUGCUUUUAGCGUGCAAGUACGAGGAGGUUUCUGUUCCGUUCAUCUCGGAUCUAGUACUCAUUUCUGACAAGGCUUACACGAAGAAAGACAUUCUAGAAAUGGAGAAAACGAUGCUCAAUACACUGCAAUUCAACGUCUCAUUUCCAACACCGUACCCUUUUCUGGCGAGGUUCCUCAAGGCCGCUCAAUCAGACAAGAAGUUGGAGAUUACGGCAUCGUUCUUGAUCGAGCUUGCCCUUGUGGAGUAUGAGAUGCUUCAGUUUCCACCGUCAUUACUAGCAGCCGCUGCUGUGUACACCGCUCAGUGUACACUUCAUGGAUUCAGACAAUGGAACAGCACGUGCGAGUUUCACAGCCGCUACUCAGAAGAUCAGCUUAUGGAAUGUUCCAGAAAGAUGGUAACCUUCCAUGAGAGGGCGGCGAGCGGGAAGCUGACCGGAGUACAUAGGAAGUACUGCUCGUCAAAGUUUGGAUACAUAGCAAAAUGUGAACCUGCACAUUUUCUUCAGAAGCCAUAGCAAAAAGGAGAAUAGUAAGUAAUGUACAGCUGCUGACAUUCUUAUUACAUAACUCCACAUUACUUGAAGAACAAGUAACAUAAAAGCCGAAAACUUUCUGCCAGCAGCCAGCUUCCAGUUUGCUCCCGAAGUUGUCUGUUUGUUUAGUUCAAAUUGUUUUUUUUUUUUUUUCAGUUUGAUGAUCUCUUUUGUCAUCUACUCUCACUGUAAUUUUCUGUUUGCUGCUUCACUCAUCUCAGCAAUAAACUCUUAUGAAUGAAUGACACAUUCUUGA